AUGCAGAUGUUGAUUUUGACGUUGUUACUAGCUCACGAGAACACAGCUUACAUUCCAACUGGAUUCUUCGCGCCCCUCGGAAACAGUCCCAAGACACCGUCCAAGCAUCAAGAAAAGCAAGCCAAUCGGAAAGAAAGAACCAAGAAAGAACACAAAGGACUGAUCCCAACAUUCCUCUUCCUCUGUGGUGCAAAUGAGCAUCAGAAGAUCCAGGCUGCCAACCGUGGCUUGGAGGAAUUCCUGAAAGUGUGGGAGAAGUGCCUGGGGUGGGCGAAGUUUGAGGAGUACGGAUUCAUCAACAAUUGCCUGAAAUCUCUCCUUGUGGAGAAAUUCGGUGAAGAGACAUGGGAAAAACUCAGAACUCAAGCUGGGCUUGAAGACAAUUUUAUGACAUAUACUGUGUACGACGAUGGUGUCACAAUAAAGUUGGUCCAGGAAGCCUGCAAGACCCUAAAUGUACCAGAAGAGGCAGCGCUAAAACUGUUUGGGGACCACUUUUUCAGUUUCUGUAAGAUGUCCGGGUACGACAGAAUGCUUCGGACUCUGGGAGGGAACUUGAUUGAAUUUAUCGAGAACCUUGAUGCUCUUCAUAGCUACCUUGCCCUGUCCUACCAGGAAAUGAAUGCACCAUCAUUUCGUGUGGAAAGAACAGACGGGAUGCUCCUGCUUCACUAUUACUCCGACAGGAAGGGCCUGUGUCAGAUUGUCCCAGGAAUCCUUGAAGCUGUGGCCAGAGAUUUCUUUGACAGUAACGUGACGCUGAAAAUUCUGAAUCAAAACGUAGAAGAGGAGCGUACUGGGAAGAAGGAGCAUGUAGUCUUUUGUUUGCAUAACGAGGAAAGGGGAAAGAACGAAAUCGAGGAGAGAACAUCCGAAGACUCAGAGAAGGAUAAAGAGUGUCUGCGCUAUGAAGAUCGAAACAUUCUACGUACCUCUGAGCUACAGUUCCCUGAAAAGCUUUGGAUUGAGGAGAGAACAUUUUGCUAUACAUUCCCAUUCCACGUUGUGUUUGAUAAAAAACUGAAGAUCAAGCAGGCUGGGGUCAACAUUCAGAAAUUUGUGCCUAGACUGCGGACGACUGGUACCAGAUUAGACAAGUAUUUUACUAUUGUUCAUCCACAAGUUACGUUCACAAUUUUCAGUAUAAGGAAGUUUAUCAACAGUCAGUUUGUCCUCAAGGCCCGAAGGGAUAAGCUGCCUAAAUCGUGGAACCAACGGCCACUGCUGAAACUCAGAGGGCAGAUGGUCUGGAUGGAGGGCCUCCAGUGCAUGCUGUACUUGUGCUCACCGAAGCUACGCAGUUUGGAGGAGCUAGAAGAACAACAGAUGCACCUUUCUGACAUCGCACAGCAUGACACGACGAGGGAUCUGAUCCUCUUCAACCAGCAACGACUGGCGGAGAUAGAGCUGUCCAACCAACUGGAGAGAAAGAAGGAAGAGCUCAGGAUCCUCUCUAAAAACCUGGAUGCAGAAAAGAAGAAGUCGGAAGCCUUGCUCUAUUCCAUGCUGCCAAAACAUGUGGCGAAUCAACUUAAGGAGGGCCACAAGGUGGAAGCAGGGGAUUUCAGUUCCUGCACAAUCCUUUUCAGUGAUGUGGUGACCUUCACAAAUAUCUGUUCAGUCUGUGAACCAAUUCAGAUAGUCAAAAUGCUUAACUCAAUGUAUUCCAAGUUUGAUCGGCUUACCAGUGUCCACAGCGUCUACAAAGUGGAGACAAUAGGUGAUGCCUACAUGGUUGUAGGAGGGGUGCCGGUGCCUGCUCCGAGUCAUGCUGAAAGGGUGGCCAAUUUUGCUCUGGGCAUGAGAAUUGCUGUAAGAGAAGUUAUGAACCCAAUUACUCAGAAGCCCAUUCAGGUUGUCCUCUGA